AUGACCAGCUCGGGAACUUCUCACCCCUCUGAAUCAUCAUCACAACCAGCAUCUUUCGCGGAAUAUGAUAUCCAAGCCCGCGUGCCGCCGGCCCCGAGCGGCAGUGAACUGACUCCUCACCAAUCUCUCCUCAUCGGCAGUGUCAUGGACCUCUUCGCAGGCCGGCCGUCCAAGCGCAAGCUGAGCCUGUGGGCGGAUGACGGCUCAUUUCAGGACCCGCUGACCAUCGCUGAGGGACGCAAGCAGUAUGAGGCGCAGUGGUAUGGCGUAGUGGCGACAAUGAGUGAUGUGAAGCAGGAGUUUGCCGAGAUCGUGUCCCUGGGAAAUCCCAUUGAAUUGCAUCUCAAGGACAGGUAUAGGAUAAAAGGCGUGGGAAAGGACGAACUCAUCGACAGUGGCGUGCUUGUGUAUCUUACCGAUGACGGUCAGAAGAUCAAGAAGGUCGUGGAUCGAUGGGGCGGAGAGAUGCCUCCUGACGGACCAUUUGCCAAGGCCAUGAGAAACUUGAAUUCUGUCACGGUUCCGGGGUUUGUUCAUGUUCCUGCAUCAAUCGAGGAGGAAGAGGGAGCAGCACAAUCGAAAUAA